AUGCCCGCUGCUGAACGCUGCCUGCCGCCGCCGCCGCUGCUGCUCUUUCUGCCGUCGUUGCUUUUGAUUUCUUGCCUGGAUGGGGCGGCGAGAGCAGCGGAGGAGGGCGGCGGCCUGCCCUCCUCCUCGCCCGGGGACAAUGGACCCAGCGCUGCAAUCGGCGCGGUCGGAGACCCGGGGGGAUCAGGGCCCCAGUUUGCCCUAAAAGUCCUGGUGAGGGAUCUGGUGACUCGUCAGCCCCUGUCGGGGGCUUCGGUGGAUGUUUACCUGAACCACACUCUGAGGAGCUCUGCCCAAACUGGGCCGAGAGGCGAGGUUCUGCUCUGGGUGACGUACAGCCCAGGCCUCAGUCUGACCCUGCUGGGCCACAUGCAAGGCUACGUCCCCAGCCCCCUGCCAUGGAGCACCACCAAGAAACCAAUUUUCUCUGUUGUGACACUGCUGCUACUCCCUCACAGUCAGGGGAACGUCUGGCUGUUUGAAGACUCAGUGCUCAUCACUAGAAAGUUACCUGACAGUUCAUCUCAGCCUGUGGUUAAAUUCCCCAAGAACCUCCUCACGAUGGCUGAUAAGAGCAACAUCUCCUCAGUAACAGCGUACCUGACUGUACCACUGCACCAUCUGGGUAAAGACUGUUCCAACUGCACUCCAGGCAUCAUCAGCAACAAAUCAGCGUUCAAAAGCAUCGAGCUGAAGGCGGCGGCAGCCGUCAGUGUCCUGCUGUACUCGGGUGAUGAGGAGCUCCAGGUUCGAGGUCCCAUUCAAAUCAGCCUGCCGCUGGGACAUACCACCAACCUCCGGGCGUCUGAUACCGUGCCGGCCUGGGCCUUCAACCUUAAGACUGCUGCGUGGGAGAAUCAGGGUCUUGGAAUAGUGAAAGCUGUUGGUGACGAGCUGGUUUGGACCUACACUGCUUCCCAUCUGGGCUACUGGAUCGCUGCACCCCUGCCCUCCUCAAACGAUUAUCUGGGACAUGGAAGCACUAUGGAUUUCAUAUCAUACCACACCUACCUGUUGAUGGUAAUCCUGGGAGGAACGCUGGCUAUAGUAAUCGUACUUCUUUCUUUGCUGCUGUGUCACUGCGGAGGUUCUUAUCGAGAGCCCAGGAGGAGGAGGAGAGCGCGCUUCUCCAAGCUCACAGUAGUGAAAAAAGACCAAACCACCUCCACCCACAUGGAGGAGGGUUUGUUGUUCCGAUCUGGCGAAAACAGCCUCGCCUCCUGCAGCGUCCAGUGUGAACCCUCAUCCACACCGAGGCACAAAGCCAACUACAAUAUUUACGUGGAGGAUCCAGGGAGUCGCCCAGCAGCUCCUCUUUAUGAGAACAUCGCUUCAGAUCGGAUCAAAGGAACCCAGCCGCCAUCUCACUACAUCAACAGUGAAGAGGUAGCUCGGCUUCGGGAGAAGUCAGAGCAGAACCGUGCCAACAUGAACUCUGACAGCUUCUUUCAAGAUAAGCUGGUUCAUAUCUAUAACCAGCCAGUGGCCAUUAUUCAGGCCCCAGAGCUGUUCAGUGCUCAGGAGCAGCAGUUGUCAGGCUGUAAGUCUGCCACGUUCCCCCGCAAUGGAGCUGAGUAUGACACUCACUCAGAGCCUGCAAGUAAAGACAGCUACACCCAGACACUACCCAAAGUUCCUCAUCAUCAUUCCCAGGGUGGAAGCAGCCCACAGCAGAGCAGCCAAGAUGAGCCCCAGCCUCUGGAAACUCCUCCCCAAGGCCAAGGCCCCAACGCCGGCGUGUGGGGACGCUACAGUAACCUCCUCGAAUCCUCCGUCUCCGUGCCCGGGACUCUUAACGAGGCAGCAGGUAUGGAGGCGUUCAGCAGCGUGCACGGUGUGCCCAGUGAGCUGCAGGGGAUCUCAGAGCGUACGUUACUGGAACUGACCCGGGGCAAGUCCUCAUCAUCUCACCCCAGGGCCUGGUUUGUCUCCUUAGACGGGAAGCCGGCCGCACAGGUUCGCCACUCUAUCAUUGAGCUCCAGAGCCGCCACUGCCCGCCGAGCAGCAACGACACCAGCCUGGACUCAGGAGUGGACAUGAACGAGCCUCAGCAGAACAUCCGCGAGACAGAGCGCGACAGGCCUUCGAUCAGGGCGUCCUCCCUGCCGCACCACAGCCGAGGAGGGCGGUAUGGCGAAGAACAGGACCUGAGCAGUAGUGAGAGUGGCACCACUGCUACCUGUACACCGGAGGACCCUUCCCUGAGGAACAUUUUAGACGGGAGUAGUGGGGCUAUUCCCAAUAUUCCCGAGGAGCGAGACGGGAUGGAUACAUCCAGUGCUCAGGAGGACAGUGAAUCGAGGGGUACGCCGCCUCCGAGGCGCCUGAGGAAGGUGAGGGAGAAAGGGAAGACGGAAAAGAGGAGUGCCAAACACGUUCGCGAAGGCAGACCUCUGACCAAGAGAAGUUAG